AUGAAAUUGGCUCCAGAGAGGAGUCACAGUCAAGAGAGGCAUGACACCAGACAUGCAGGUGACCGGCUAGGGAGGACCAGGAGAUCUCCAGACAGGCUAGGAGAUCGUGACAGAGACCGAGACCGUCGCGAUGAUAGAGACAGGGAUAGAGGGAGAGAGAGCUCCCGAGGCGAACGGCACACCUCCAGGGAUAGGGACCGAAGAAGGUCUCUGAGUUACUCGCGAAACAAUGACAGGAGAAGGAGUCACGGUUCACCACCCCGGAGAACUAGGAGCCGCAGCCGAGAGAGGCGUGAUCGAGGCCGAAGAAGCCCAUCAGGGGAGCGAAGAGACAGGAGGAGGUCCAGCGACAGGAAGAGUCUGCCAUCCCAGAGUCGGCAUGGAGACAGCCCCGAUAGGAAAAGAAGACGCCCCGUCGAGGCCACUGGGAAGGUUGACUCAGCAGGGAGGAGCUCAUCAAACUCGUCCAGCAGCCGACCCAACCAGGGAGUCAGGAUGCCAGCCUGGUACCAACGCAAAAGGGAUGCCAUGUGGAACAAGAAGCCAACAACUGACAAACGGGAUCAUGAGAAACCCUCAGCGACUUCAGAGAAACCAAAGGAGCAGCAGCAAGAGGAAGAAAAGAAACCUGAAGAAACAUCAACUCAGCCCGGUCCCUCGCAAUCAAUACCCUUAUCAACUCGGCCCGGUCCCUCUCAACCAAUACCCUUACUUGACAUCAUAAUCCCUAGAAAGAGUGCUGUGGCCAUGGCGACUACAGCACGGAGGCUUGCCCAACAAUCUGCAGCAAUGCAAAAGUUGGCAGAUGCCAAAAAGUCGGCAGAUGCCAAAAAGUCAGCAGAUGCCAAUGCAGCUAAGACCCCAAGUUCUGACCCUAAGGCCUCAGUGACCAGCAGCGGUGAUAAGACCAAGAAGAAGAAAGAAGAGAAAAAAUUGACAGAAGAAGAGGCCAGCAAGAUUGCAGCAACUUUGAAGGCUACACCCCUCCUGCAGCAAAUUGGAGAAAGCAGCAUUCAGCAUCAGAGGAGUCACAGUCAAGAGAGGCACGACACCAGAACUGCAGGCGACCGGCUAGGGAAAGCCAGGAGAUCUCCAGACAGGCUAGGAGAUCGUGACAGAGACCGAGACCGUCGCGAUGAUAGAGACAGGGAUAGAGGGAGAGAGAGCUCCAGAGGCGAACGGCACACCUCCAGGGAUAGGGACCGAAGAAGGUCUCUGAGUUACUCGCAAAACAAUGACAGGAGAAGGAGUCACGGUUCACCACCCCGGAGAACUAGGAGCCGCAGCCGAGAGAGGCGUGAUCGAGGCCGAAGAAGCCCAUCAGGGGAGCGAAGAGACAGGAGGAGGUCCAGCGACAGGAAGAGUCUGCCAUCCCAGAGUCGGCAUGGAGACAGCCCCGAUAGGAAGAGAAGCCGCCCCGGUGAGGCCACUGGGAGGGUUGACUCAGCAGGGAGGAGCUCAUCAAACUCGUCCAGCAGCCGACCCAACCAGGGAGUCAGGAUGCCAGCCUGGUACCAACGCAAAAGGGAUGCCAUGUGGAACAAGAAGCCAACAACUGACAAACGGGAUCACGAGAAACCCUCAGCGACUUCAGAGAAACCAAAGGAGCAGCAGCAAGAGGAAGAAAAGAAACCUGAAGAAACAUCAACUCAGCCGGGUCCCUCGCAAUCAAUACCCUUAUCAACUCGGCCCGGUCCCUCUCAACCAAUACCCUUACUUGACAUCAUAAUCCCUAGAAAGAGUGCUGUGGCCAUGGCGACUACAGCACGAAGGCUUGCCCAACAAUCUGCAGCAAUGCAAAAGUUGGCAGAUGCCAAAAAGUCGGCAGAUGCCAAAAAGUCAGCAGAUGCCAAUGCAGCUAAGACCCCAAGUUCUGACCCUAAGGCCUCAGUGCCCAGCAGCGGUGAUAAGACCAAGAAGAAGAAAGGAGAGAAAAAAUUGACAGAAGAAGAGGCCAGCAAGGUCGCAGCGACUUUGAAGGCUACACCCCUCCUGCAGCAAAUCGGAGAAAGCAGCAUUCAGCAUCAGCUGUCACUCUUGAAAGAAGUCGAUCUGGAGGAGCAUGUCAAGGAAAAGCAAGUGGUGGACUGGUACUGCUACAUAUGUGGGAAGUACUGCACUGGAUGGUCGAUUUACCUGUCUCACAUCGAGGGACGCAGACACAAGGCCACCUUCCAGCGUCUCCACGAGCCCAGCCAUGCCGCCCUCAGGAAGGCCCUCAUCACCAAGCUGGGUGACCUGCCGGACAAAAACCAGGGUGGACAGAAGGAAUUCCAGAACUGGGUGAAUGCCCCUGUGCCUAGUUUUGCCAUCCCGCCACCCGUGCAACCGCUUGUCACAUCCACACCCCUCGGCCGUUUGGAUCAGGCGUUCUUCUGCGGCAAAUGCUUCCGUACCUACGCCUGCACCUACGAGGAGCACAUGGCAUCAGAGGACCACAAGAGAUAUGUGAAAAUUCGACCCAAGUGCACACUGUGUGACCUGACCUUCCUGAACGUGAAGUGCCUACGCGGUCAUAUGAAACUGCUGUCCCACAUUCGGAAGGCUCAAGAGAGCGAAUUGGAUCCCAACGUGCCACAAGGAGAGGAUGACUACAAUGAGAAGGAGGUUGAAAUGGAAGUAGAGGAGAGUAUUGACGUUGAGGACGGGAAGGAGGUUGACAGUGACAAGAACUCGACCAAAGAGAAAGCCGAUAUCGUCGGGCCGGAGUUCAUCAUCCCCAUCACAGGUUUCUUCUGUAAGCUCUGCUCCAAGUUCUACAACAAGGAGAAGGCAGCCAAGGCGGUUCAUUGCCGGACGCCCGUCCACAAGCACAAAGUCAAGCUGUACUAUGCCAAGCGCGUCAAGUCAUCCGUGGCCAGCCUCAAGGCAAGUCCAGGGGCGCCGAUCAGUGAGGAUAAGGUGUCUACAACAGGGAAGACCAGCCAAGAGAGAGAUGAUGGAGCCAAAACACAUGCUCCUGCUAACAAGGAUGUCCCGGCCACGAAGGAUCCCCCGUCUAAGAAAAAUGCCACUCCUGUGAAAGAUGCACCACCAAGGAAGGAUGCUGCACCCAAGAAGGAUGCUGCUUCCAAGAAGGAUGCUGCGUCCAAGAAGGAUGCCCCACCCAAGAAAGACGUGGCACCCCAGAAAGAUGCCCCACCCCAGAAAGAUGCCCCACCCAAGAAAGAUGCCAUGCCCAAGGAAACUACAGCCAAGGAUGCCGCAUCCAAGAAGGGUGCCCCGCCCAAAAACACCUUGCCAGCAAAGGAUGCCACUCCAAGUAAGGCCACCACGACCAAACAAAGCAUCACGACCAAACAAGGCACCACGCCCAAACAGAGCACCACACCCAAACAAAGCACCACACCCAAACAUGGCACCACACCCAAACAAGGCACCACACUCAAACAAGGCACCUCACCCAAACAAGGCACCACACCCAAACAAGGCACCACACCCAAAGAGAAAAUAACGGCCAAAGAGAAAACAACACCCAGUAAUGAUACCGGGUCCAAGAAGGAUGCAAUGACCAUUAAUUCUGAACGAGAUGCAUCUCAUGUCUCUAGGAAAAAUGACAGAACUGCUGACAGGACUCUGACACCGAGAGAGAAAUCCUCAAAUGACACAACAUCCAAAGAAACACUUCCAAGACAGCCAAUACCAAAACUUGUAAUCUCCAUUCCCAAGAUGUCCUCAUCAACAAUUGCCGCCAUGAACGGUACCAAUUCCCAAACUUCAAAAGAAAGAGUUUCGAAGACGUCCACACCCAUAUCAGCCACGCCCAAAUCAGCCACGCCCAAAUCAGCCACAUCCAAAUCAUCUUCAUCGGAGAUCAACAAGGAAGGUAGAAAAGCCGCUUUGACAAAUUACGGAGACUCCAAAUCCAAGACAUCCUCUGGUUCAGAUGCUGCAAAAUCUGCCAAUAAAUCAAACCAAAAGAAUGUCGCCAGCAAAACAGAUACGCUUCAGUCACCAACAUCCAAAGAGGAGAGGAAAGAGUCAGGCUCCCAGAAGAACAAACAUGAGGAAUCUGAUCCGUUGGAGGAGGAAACCAGUUCGACCGCUGAGGAAGAUGAAGAGGGUGAGUGGUUGGGGGAGAUGCCGGAUUUUGACAAUAUGAUUUUCAUUGAUGAAGUCGGGGAAUCAGAAGAAGAGGAGGUUACUGAGAUAGAAGAGGAUGAAGAGGUGUUUGUAAUUUCAGAUCAAGAAGAAAAUUAAGUGUUAAUAACUACGUGUAAAGUUACAGUGGGGUAGAACUUCCACUGUCUUUUUUCAUUUUAAUUUGUUCAUAUAGGGUUCAUGCUUUAAAGCUACAGUCCAUCAUUUACAGCUAUCCAAAAAGUAACUGACGUAAUUAUUGUUGAAAAGCAUACUUGUUUUAAAGAUAA